UUUGUUCUUCUUUAUCAUUUCCUUUCUUUCCCAACCUUUAAAGAUCUUUGCUUUGUUUCAUUUUUCACCCCCAUUUUUUGUUUUCAAGUCCUACAGCCUAGUUGUGCUUGCAGGUUAGUGAACAUCUUUCAUCAUUGGUCAAAAUUCUAGAUUUUUCUUUGAGUUUUUUUUUCCUGUUCUUCUUUUCUUGAUUGAAUAUGCAUUACAUGGAGUUAAAAAUCUUGUUUUGUUUUAAUGUGUUAUGAUAUAGUUUCUGGGGUUUGCUUGGUUUGGCUGAAGAAGUGAUUCAGAACAUAUGGGAAGUGAAUUUGAUUAGUAUUUUUGAGUUGGUUGAAUUGAGGGCUGUUAGGUAGAGAAAAUGGCUUGUAAAAAGAUUCAUUUCUGCAGAUUUCCCAGUAACAAAAUGGAGCAUUUAAUUUUAUUGGUUGACUGAAGGAACAGGAUCUGAUACAUUGGGUGAAUGCUUUAGGUAUAUUAUUUAUUUGGAGCAUUGAAGACAUUGUUAUGCUAUCUGUAAAAUUUGGGAUUUUAGUCUUUUUUUUGCGCUUUUAAUAUUUUCCGGCCUUCUUGUCAUAAGAAAGUGGGCAUUGUUCUGGUUCUGUAUAUGAGGAAAAAAUUAUUCAUCUUCUCGUUUUUUUAGAAGAUUUAACUUCAAGAUUCAAAUUUUGCAUUCCUCUAUGCCUCUGAAUUAGAAAGUUUUUAAUUGCUUUGUCAAUUAGUGGAGUCUUUCAUGGUUGUUUUUAGUCGAUGGUGAAUGAAGGAGAUUUUAUCCGUUUGGUGCUUCUUCCACUCAUAAUGUGGAUAUUUCGCCAGUGACACCGUUGAACUCAUGUUAACUCUCAGCUAUGGGGGAAUUUCAAUGCCAUAAUGAGUCUUUAUUUUAGAAUGAUGUUUCCAAAUACAGGGGAGAAGAUCUGGUUUGAGUUGAAGUAGAUACAAUAAAGGGCCAAAAAGGAUGUUAUUCGAGGUCUUGAGGUUAUAAGGAUGAUAGCUAGAUGCUAGGUCAAUCAGGUUUGGCACCAUUCCUAUUUCUUGGAAGUGAGUGUGAGUGUUGAAAUAGACAAGAAUGUUGCAUUUGAUUUGGUGAAUUCAAAAAGUUAGGAUUCACGAAUGUCCCAGUAUCAAGAAUGAAACUACCGUCUUUGUGAAUGGAUAAUUGCUUAUCAAAUUGAGAACAUGUCCAUUAUGUCUAAGGGUGUUGUUUGAAAUGGUGAUGGUUCUCUACCUAGAAUUGCACAGAGCCAUAUGCCGCGUGGAAGACUUCCUAUAACGGAUCUAAAAGCAGCUUGUGAUAUUGAACAUAUGAGUUCUACAUCUAAAAUUCAGCAUGACCUGUGGCCUCUAGAUGAAAUUGAUCCAAAGAAAGCAAAGUUUCCUUGCUGUCUAGUUUGGACUCCACUCCCAGUUGCCUCAUGGUUGGCACCUUUCAUUGGACAUGUUGGCAUUUGUAGGGAGGAUGGAGCAAUUUUGGACUUUUCAGGAUCAAAUUUUGUGAAUGUUGAGGAUUUUGCUUUUGGUGCUGCAGCUCGAUAUAUUCAACUUGAUAGAAGCAAGUGUUGCUUUCCUCCAAACCUGGCUGGGCACACAUGCAAGCAUGGUUAUCAGCAUGCAGAGUAUGGGACUGCAGUCACAUGGGAUGAUGCCUUGCGGUCUAGUGUGCGUCAGUUCGAGCACAAGAGCUACAACCUCUUCACAUGCAACUCUCACUCAUUUGUUGCCAAUUUUCUCAACCGACUGUGCUAUGGUGGAUCAAUGGAUUGGAACAUGAUAACUGUGGCAGCUCUAAUACUUUUUAAGGGGCAUUGGGUUAACAGCAUGUCAAUAAUAAGAUCAUUCCUCCCUUUCACAGUAGUGCUCUGCCUGGGGUUAGUACUGGUUGGCUGGCCAUUCUUGGUUGGACUAUUUUCAUUCUCUCUCCUCCUUAUGGGGUGGUUUCUGUUGGGUACUUACUGUGUCAAAACCUUAUUGGAAAGCUAGAGCUUUUUAUUUUUCAUUAAAAUUGAUUUUUUGUUAGUUGAAAGAUGCAUAGUUGGUACAGUUUGGUGUUUCUUUAAAAAACCUAGGUUUAUAAUAUCUGACAGAGAGUGGCAGUAGGUUCCAUGUGGAACUACUGGCUAAUGCCAAGAGAUAUAAUUUCUUCCCUCCGUCAAGAAACUGAAUUGUAGAUUUGCUUCAUAAACAGAAAUUGAACAUUAGAA